AUCGAAAGGAAGGUCAAUUGACAGUACGAUGGAUGCACCGACCAGUCCAUCCCCACAGCAACCACUAGUUAGACAACACCACCCCGACGCACACACGCUGCAGAAAAGAUCAUCCGCUCUCCCCUUUAACCUCCCUCCCUCUCUCCCUCUUUGCCGGCUAUAAGACAGGCAGACGCUGCUCAGCCUCUGUGUGCUAGGGUAUUCAUUAUAGCUAUGUGUGUGACAAGACUGACCGAACAGUCGCACAGUCUGUCUGCCAGUCAGCUGGAUCAACCGACCGACAGUCACUUGACGAGUCCUGCGAGCAAUCAAUAAGUGGCCAUACAUACCAUCCACACUCACCCACGCAUGACACACACCCGACGCACGUGAACGAUGCCCGGCUUCCUUCCUUCCUGCGCUCUUGUUGCCCAUCCUUCCUUACCAAGUCCGGUGCCCCUGUCAGCAUCCCCGUGCAUCUCCUCGUUGAGCCGCAUCAUCCGCAGGAACUCCUCCUCGUGCUUUCGACGCUCCUCAUCCACUUCCCCCUCCCCCUCCCCCGCCCCGUUCUCCUGGUCCUUGGUGUUCUUCUUGGCCUUCUUGGCCGCCCUCUCCUUCCCCUCCUUGGCGGCUGGCGCCUCACCAGCCUUCACAAACCCCUGCAGCGGUGCACUUGAGACCGCCUUGGGCUUGGCCGAGUUGCUGUUGGGUUCGGCGGUGGAGGGUGCGGAUUUCUUCUGUCCUUGCAUGCUGAGGAACUGCUCUCAUCGGAAAGGGCAAGCCACGCUCAUCAUCACACCCGGCGGGCGCAUCUGAUCAUCCGCUGUCUGUCUGUUUAUAUAGCGCCUGCAUCCUUACCAUCUCGAGGAAUGAGCCGUCGUUCUUGAACUUGUUGGCGGCAGCCGCAGCAGGACCACUCGUCGAGGCGGUCUUGUCGCCGUUCUCCUCAGUCCGCUUGUCCAGCUCCUCCGCUUUUCGCUUCCUGCUGUCGUCAGGCAAUUCAAGGUCGGCCAUCGCAAUGCCACCUUGCCCGUUCAAAAGGCGCCGAUCGUCUCCCCUUCUCUGUCACAACACCUAAGCACCUGCUCCUGCUCUUCACCCAGUCGGCAGCUCAGGGAGAAGAGCGG